GUCGUGAAGGGGUAGUAAGCCAACACACGCUCCUGGCCACUCAGAUGCAGCUUACGGGACGCAUCGGGCUAGUGACGAAAGCAGGUGCUCCGUGGACGCCGCUUCGUUAUCACAGUUAAAUUCAAAGACGUUGAGGGAAGAACAGGAAAAGAUUCUAAUGUUUUCAAGCGAAGCGUUAAACGAUCAAGAGUAUGAAGGAAACACAACUGCUGAAACCAAGGAUGUAUACACACAGGUGGAAGAAGACGUGCAAGGCCCUCAACCUCCUGACGGUGGAUGGGGUUGGGUGGUGGGCCUGGGAGCAGCUACUGUGGAUAUGAUGAUAACGAUGCUCGGCAACUCCUCUGGGAUCCUGUUCUUGCCACAGCUGUUACAGUGGGGCGCGUCCUCCACCACCGUGGCAGUGCUCUUGAACACUUACAUGGUGUCCAGGAGGCUGGCGGGCACGGUAACGGCCACGCUCACCAAGGAGUUCGGGUUCCGCAGAGUCGCCAUGACGGGCGCGCUGCUCACCGCCACCUGCCUCACUCUCACGGCCUUCGCCACCUCCCCGCACUACUUCUUCGUCUCCUUUUCUCUCGGCUGUGGUAUGGGCUGUGGGCUGAGUUCCGUUGGGUUCCUCAUUCUGUCUCGCUACUUCAAGAGGCGGCGCGGGCUGGCCAACACUUGCCUUGCUGUUGGGGUUGGUCUGGGAAACUUCCUGGGGCCCCUGUUCAUCCAGCUGCUGCAGGACACAUACGGUCAUCGCGGCGCCACGCUGGUACUCGGGGCAAUUGUGCUGCACGGCUUCCUAGGCACCACACUCUACCAUCCAGUCGAGUGGCACAUGAAAUUCCCGCCACGCCCUCACCCCCAACAUGAAGCGCUCAUGUCACCCAAGUCCUCGGCAAAACACGCCCACACAGUACUGGACAACUCACAGCCUCGUCACCGCUCAGAAGGUUUGAAUGUAAAGCUAAAAGAAUUAAGUGAGAGUCACCAGUCCCUGGCGUCAUGCAGGAGGCUGUCCGAUAACUCUUUAGACUUAGUCAGCAUGGCCUCCAUGACCUCGCUCGAGGCCCGGGGCACCACAGACCUCACAUACCACGAGGGCCGCGAGCCGCCACACACGGACACAGGACCUAACAUUUUGAGAAGCCUGCGACGACCUUUCACGAAGUUCAUUAAGGGCCUCUUGCGAGACCUGGCCAUCUUGAGGAGACCCACAGCCCUUAUCAUCGCCACGGGAAUCACAAUGGUCAUCAACGCUCAGGCUAACUUCAUCAUGAUGGUGCCCUUCGCCAUGCAGGCAGGAGGGCACUCCUUACAAACGGCAGCGUGGUGCCUUUCCGUCUCGGGCGUCAUCAACCUCUUGGUCAGAAUACUUACCUCAACACUCUCGGACUACUCGUGGUUCAACAUGCGCUUCUUCUACCUGCUGUCAAUGUUCACCAUGGCUGCCUCUAUCACAGUGUUUCCCUUACAGACGCAGACGGAGGGGAUGACGGUAGUGUUGGGGAUGUGGGGCGCUGCGAUGGGGAUGUUCCUCGGCCUCAACAGCCUGCACACCAUCUCUGUGGUGGGCCUGGACGACUACGCCGCCAUGAUGGGCGCGUGGAAUCUCACUUUGGCGCUGAGCUUCGUCACCAUCGGACCUUUCCUCGGUGUGGUGCGUGAUGCAAGCGACAGCUAUGCCAUCAGUUUGUGGGUGGCGGCUUUUCUUGUCCUGGUCAGUUUUCUGCUGUGGUUCCUCAUGCCUGCUGCUGUAGCUUAUGACGAAAGGAUGAAGGCAAAGCAAGUUUCUUCCGCAUGACUCGACGCUUUGAACACUCAAGUCUCACCGUGUGACUGUAGCACCGUGCGUGUUCUUACCAUGGCCUUCGUAUACAGGCCUGAGGGAUCAGAUGUGACGUCAGCACAAGUAGGCCAUCGCCGCGCCGCUCUGCUCAUCUCUUUUCCCAUAAAUGUUCUAUCAUUUCUAUGUUUUUAUCGAUGAUCUUUUUCUUUUGUCUUACAAUAUAAACGUAUGAUGAUGA